GGGGAUGGGGAGCGGGCGGCGGAGGCGGCGGCGGGGAAGGAUCCCGGAGCGCCGAGGCCAGUGUUGAACACUUUUCCACCAUGCCGACAACAUUUUAAAUAUCUGUCAACUUUCUAAAAGUUUAACUGAAGGAAACCUCUAAGACUUUGUACCUGAGGACUAAAGUGCAGCCACCAAUUAUCAGGAUGAAUCUGGAAAAACUCAGCAAGCCUGAACUGCUGACACUGUUCAGUAUUCUUGAAGGAGAACUCGAAGCAAGGGACCUUGUUAUAGAAGCUUUAAAGGCCCAACACAGAGAUACUUUCAUUGAAGAACGCUAUGGAAAAUACAAUAUCAGUGACCCUCUAAUGGCUCUUCAGAGAGAUUUUGAAACACUGAAAGAGAAAAAUGACAGUGAGAAGCAGCCAGUGUGCACAAACCCCCUCUCUAUCCUCAAGGCAGUGAUGAAGCAGUGCAAGAACAUGCAGGAGCGCAUGCUGUCCCAGCUGGCUGCUGCCGAGAGCCGGCACCGCAAGGUGAUCCUGGAUCUUGAAGAAGAAAGACAGAGGCAUGCACAAGAUACCGCGGAAGGAGAUGAUGUCACCUACAUGCUGGAGAAGGAGAGGGAGAGACUGACACAACAGUUGGAAUUUGAAAAGUCCCAAGUGAAGAAGUUUGAAAAAGAACAGAAGAAGCUAUCUAGUCAGCUGGAGGAGGAGCGCUCCCGCCACAAGCAGCUCUCUUCCAUGCUGGUGCUUGAGUGCAAGAAGGCCACCAGCAAGGCCGCCGAGGAGGGGCAGAAGGCUGGAGAGCUGAGUCUGAAGCUGGAGAAGGAGAAGAGCCGGGCGAGUAAACUGGAGGAGGAGUUGGCAGCCGAGAGGAAGCGGGGCCUGCAGACAGAGGCCCAGGUGGAGAAGCAGUUGUCUGAGUUUGAUAUCGAACGGGAGCAGCUGAGAGCCAAACUGAACCGAGAGGAGAACCGGACCCGAGCCCUGAAGGAAGAGAUGGAGAGCUUGAAGAAGCUUGUGAAAGACCUAGAGGCAGCCCAGCAGCACAGCCACAGCAGUGAGCAGGGCCAGGAGCCAGUGACCACAUCCAGAGGCACAGCCACAGAGCCUGCCAUGCGAGUGUCUGUGUUUUGCCAAACAGAGAGCAUUCAGACAGAAAGAAGCCACGGCAGCAUCAUGACCAAGCUGACAGACACUGGGCUUCCAGGUCCCAGCAGUGCUCCUUACUCAUAUGCAAAAGCUAAUGGCCACUGUGACCCCGAGACACAGACUACCAGGGAGCUGACCUCAGACAGCAGCACAGAAAACCAAGGGCCUCCACGGGAGAAGUCGGCAGUACCGGCCCAGGAGAAACCGAUGGAGAAUGGUGGGUGUCCUGUAGGAACUGAGAUUCCAGUCACAAUGCCCAGUCAUCUCCCUUCCAGUGGCAGCUCACUGUCUCCCAGCAGCACUGCCUCGUCCUCUCUGACAUCAUCUCCUUGCUCUUCACCAGUUCUAACCAAGCGUCUCUUGGGGUCAUCAGUCAGCAGCCCAGGCUACCAGUCUUCCUACCAAGUAGGGAUCAACCAGCGCUUCCAUGCAGCUCGGCACAAAUUUCAGUCCCAGGCAGAUCAGGAUCAGCAAGCCAGUGGUCUCCAGAGCCCUCCAUCCAGGGACCUGUCCCCUACCCUAUUAGACAACUCUGCUGCCAAGCAGCUGGCCCGAAACACUGUCACUCAGGUGCUCUCCAGGUUCACUAACCAAGGGCCAAUUAAGCCAGUCUCUCCCAACAGUUCUCCUUUUGGGACAGACUACCGAAAUCUGGCCAGCACUGCCAACCCUAGAGGGGACACCAGCCAUUCACCUACUCCAGGGAAGGUGUCCAGCCCUCUGAGCCCCCUUUCUCCGGGAAUCAAGUCCCCAACCAUCCCCAGAGCUGAGAGAGGAAACCCUCCACCAAUCCCACCCAAAAAACCUGGCCUCACUCCUUCACAGUCUGUCACCACUCCAGGGACCAAGACUCAUUCCCAGGCAUCCUCCUUGACCACCACCGAAGACCUUGCCAGCAGCUGCUCUCCCAGUGCCGUGGUGGCCAAUGGCAAAGAUGUUGAGAUGCUUGUGCCCACCAGCAGCUAGUCCCCAGGAGUGAUCUCACACUUGACAUUCCACCAGACUCAUCCAAGGGCCCAGAGUGAAGCCCCGGAGUCAGAUCUGUUAUUUAUUUGAUAGUAGCUACGGCCGUCUGUGUAGUACAUUCAGUGUAUUUACCUUUUUGUACUUUUUUAAGUAGAAACUGAGUACUUUGGGUUUUUAUGACUCACCUCUUUGUACUAAGCUAGAGGGGGACUCAGACACCGUGCAUCUCAAGUCGACAGUCACCAGCAUGCUGCGAUGGGAAAGCUGACUGAGGCAGGCCGUGCUCUGCUGUCAGUUUGGGAGCUAGAACUACUCAGCACUCAUUUCAAAGUAUGCAGAAGUGGUUUGUGCAGAUUUUUAUUCCAGAUGAACAUGUUUUAAAAGUGCCUGAAAUCCACUGCCACAUGAAUGUGAUUCUUCGGCAGAAACAAAAGACAUAGCAUUUCUUGCAGAAAAUAAGAUCCUCUGUGAAUAUGAAUGUCAAAAACCAACACUGCUUUUAAUCCUCUCUGUUUAAUGCCAGCUUUGUGUUCUGAAACGAGGUUUGCAUAAGUACAGUGGAAUCCUUCUGAAGGGCGUGAACUCCAUCAGGCUGAGCUCUGUAAAGCCCUUGAGAAACCCUCCAGAGCACUUAGCAGUUGGGGUGCUGAUUUUCUCAUGAAAAAUCAAGUCAUUCUCAGUUUCCUGCAUCAGGUUUUGAACAGUGAAAUCACAUCUCCAUUCAAAACCAUCCUCAAGCAUCGCCAUGGGACCUUCUGGUUCUGUUGCUUUUACUUGACUAGGAAGUGACACGAUGAACUCUUCAUUCUGUGAUCAGAAAGCAAUAACUUAAAAGUCACUCUUUGUAAUAUUGUAAGUCAGAAUUACAGAGUUUACCAAAUUGUUACAUUUAUUCUCAUGCUGCCAGCACUUCUAUCUAUGGAACCAAAUUAACUUUUGCCCAAAUGGAAGUAUACCUAUAUCUGUAUGAUACAUGCCCCCUUUACAUGUUCACCAUUCUCACACUUAAGCACAUAACUGUUAGUGUGAUUGUAGCUUUGGAGUUUGCAGUACAAGUAGAAUCAGAAUUGCAUGUUAAGAUUACCUACCAAAGCAGUUAGAGCCAGCCAGUCAACAGGAAUUCAUUAGACAGGGAAGUUUUCAAUCCCAAAUGAAGCUCACAUCGUCAGCAUGAUAGGAAAGCACCACAAAAGUAGGCCUAGUGCCACAGAACUCAGCUGGCCAAGUGAGUGAGACGGCACAGUCCCUCACGUGCUGUCCACUCGGAGUAGAAGGGGCAGUGGCAAGCCACAGUGUCCUAGUCGUGUGUAAUAGGGCCAACCCUUUGAGCCCCAGCUGCCACCAUGCAAAAAUUGCAGAUCACAGUUACCAGUUCUCUAAACUUUUAUGGAAUUGAAAUCCCCACAAGAAGAUUCUCAUUCAAAAAUUGUUUUUUUUUUAAGUACCAGGAACUGACUUUAAAUGUUUUCAAAUGCUGCUAAUUAGACAAACAUGGCUACAGCUGAUUUUAGCUUGCAAGCUACCACGCUGCAGCCUCUCCCUUCCUAGAACUUAUGCUGUUUCCCUCAUAGUGAGUUUGUAUAGACAGAAGCCUCCCGGCCUCUCCACUGUGUCAGCCACAUCUGACCAAGUCCACAGAACAGAACAGUCUUGCUCUUGGCAAGCAGAACUCCCGACUGAUCAGCUCAGGACACUGGUUACAGUUUUGUAUCCAGAGUGGGAGAGAGGCAGGCUUUGGUGUCUACAUACAUUGUUCUGGCCAUCAUCUACCCAGAAGCCCCUGGCCUUCUGUAACCUUUUAUUGGGAAGGAGAAUGGGUGAUCAUGUGUUUGAAAAACCAAAGGAUUCAGUGGACCCAUCCAGGUUAGAUAACUCACAAGGAAUUAGACAUUGAUUUUCUUCUUGAACCACAGAGCUGAAGACAAAAUGUCUUCCUAAUAAUUUAGUUGUUAAUAACCUUUAAUUAUAUUUUUAUUAGCCCAUUGAGUCAGUGGGCAAGUCAACAGAAGAGUACACUGUUGUCUCUACAGCUCACAGUCUAAAUGAUUAAGGUCAGUGCAUGCACAUGAAAGUGUGGCUGAUGUCCUAGGAAGUGACUACAGAAAUGACGGAGACGUGGGAAACUAGAGCAGUCCUGCAUUGAAUUUAUUCCUAUUGCGAGCCAAACGGACCAGUGAUGAUCAAAAACCGAACCUUCCGGUCAGGAGCGACUGCAGUGCCUGAGUGUUCUUACCUCUCUUGCUUUAAGUGGUAAUCUUAAAAGUUGCAUUGUGCUCUUCCUCUGUUUGGAGAUAGAUAUAUAUAGAGAGAGAAAGAGAGAAAUACUAUAAGGAAGUUUAUUUCUUAGGGGGUGCACUGAACAAUAUUUCUUUUACAGCAUAAUACAGGGGUGGGGAUAUGCAAAAGGAAUGUGUAUUUUUGCUAGUUCCUAUCUUCUGAGAUAAUAAGCACAAUCCUGAAAUGGAUCCAAUAAUUCAGCUAGAUGUUAUAGAUUAGUAUUUCAGUUUGCAGUAGAUUGUGUGUGCACUAAGUAAAAGUUCCAUGAUUCACAAUUUGGGUGUUAACCAUGUCAGAGAAGCUGUUACUGGUCAGCAGAAUCUAUGAUGCGCUAGGUGUGACACAAACAUUAACUAGCCAUUAACAUUUGUAAGGCCAAGUGUGCCAUGCAGAAGUCUUCAUUUUUAUAGCAGACUGCAUUAAAACAAGUUAAAUCACA